CUCUGGAGGAGAUGGUCAGGGAUUCCAACUGUAGGUCCAUGAGCCAACAAUCUCUGGCAUUCUUUCAUUCUCGCCUCGGAUGGACAUCGAGAAGGAGCUGUACUGAUCCAUGGAAAUCAAAAGGCCUUGCAAGGAUAGCGUCACUGCUGAAGAGAUCCAGAGACUAUACAAGCGGUUCAUGAAACUGGACAAGGACGGGUCAGGAUCCAUCGACAAGGAGGAGUUCCUGGCCAUCCCCCAGAUCGCAACCAACCCUUUGGCCUCGCGUCUGAUUGCCAUCAUGGACGAGGACGGCGGCGGCGAUGUCGACUUUAAAGAGUUCAUUGCUGGACUGAGCGCCUUUAGUAACAAGGGAAAGAAAGUAGAAAAGCUACGGUUCGCCUUCAAGGUCUAUGACAUGGACAGGGAUGGCUUUAUCUCGAAUGGUGAGCUGUUCUUAGUACUCAAGAUGAUGGUCGGCACCAACCUGAAGGACAAUCAGCUGCAACAGAUCGUUGACAAGACCAUCAUGGAGGCUGAUAAGGACAUGGAUGGCAAGAUCUCCUUUGAGGAAUUUUGCGGCGCCGUUGAAAAUACCGACAUUGCCAAGCAGAUGACCCUCGAAAGCUUUUAAUCCUCAUCUGGUGCUGCAAUACACACUCUUUUAUUUUAUAAC